UGCAGCACGGGGUCUGGUUUGACUGCGGAGCAGCACUGGAGCCUCAGUCUGCGUCGCAGUUACGGAUCUCUCUCUCUCUCUCUCCGUGUCCAGGUUCUUCUCUGAACUGGAUCCAUUCAGUGUUUUCACUGUAGAUGUUUGAAGAUCCGCUGACCUCACUUUUGUUUGGUCACUGCGCGCUGCGUAACUGGAGCCACUCAUCCAUCCACGGCUCUGGGAACAUUUCCUCCAGAGACUGAGCUGUUUCCCUGGGUGCAGGUGCAGAGAUGUGGCGUGGACUGUCCCUGUCUCUGUCCGUGUCUCUGUCCCUGUCCCUGUCUCUGCUGCUCAGCUUCACUCUGUGUGGACUUGAUGCUCUGGAGGAGACGAGCACAAGCGCAUGGCGAGUGAAGACGCAGCCAAUGACCGAGGCAACAGUGGCGGCCAAAGCGCACAGGGACGCUGCUUCUACCUCCACCUCCUCUUCCUCCACCUCAACCUCAACUUCCUCCUCUUCCUCUUCUUCACCCGCCAAAGCGCCGGAAAGUCUGCGGGAGGGAGAGCAGCUGUCCCCGGGGAGAGACGCCCCUGCUGUUGGCGCGAGAGGGAGAGACGAGCCGCCCACCGCGGAGCCUCUGGAGGACGAGCUGGACAACCAGGAGAACGUCAUCAGCCAGUUGCUGGGUGAUUAUGACAAAGUGAAGACCGUGUCGUCGGGGUCCGACUGCGUGUGCCGCUGCAUCGUUCGACCGAUCAAGCGCUCUGACUGUGGCGACGCGACCUCGGCCCCCCAAAGUGCGUACACCGUGGAGACGGUCACCAAGGGAACGGACUGUAAGAAGUGUGUGUGCAUGGCUCCGUCCUCCGCCGUCAACCCAUGCGAGGGAGAGUACAGGUUCAAGAAACUGCAGGAGGCCAGCAAGGACGACAUCAAGCUGGCGACAAUCAUCGACUUGUUGGAGGGCUCUCUGUAUGGACUGGACUUGUUGAAGCUCCAGUCUGUCACCACCAAACUGCUGAGCAGGAUGGACAACAUGGAAAAAGCCUUUGCUCGUAACCUCACAGAGAGAGCACGAGAGAAAGAACGUGCCAAGGACAGAGCAAAAGAAAAGGAGAAGGAGAAGAAGGCUCAGCAGAAAAAAAAGAAAGCAAAUGACAUGGGGAAUGUAGGACAGAAGGUUCGAGCGCCCGCCUACGCCAACAAGCAGAAGAAUCACGAAAGUCAGCCGAAGAAGAACCAAGAGCAAGAUGGUCUCGAACAACAGCAGCAGCAGCAGCCGGCAAGCAACAAGACGGGGAGUCAAAAGCCAGUCAAAGAGAAGAACAGCAUGGUUGUCAAAGGCGUGACCUUCUACAAGGCAGAAGAGAGCUACAAGGAGAACGACAGAGGGAGAGGAAGGAAUACUUCUUCAUGGGACUUGCUGAUUUCUGACCAGCUGCCACCUCUCAGGACUCUGCCCAUUCAGCGCCCAGCACCUGCACCCACUGUCAGCGCAGAACUGGACCUCAGGGACUUGUCAAGGCGAGAGAGCAACCCUACACCAACCCGGCAGCCAACCAGCCGCCGGACGACCACCAAACCAACGCCAACUACAGCCGUACCAGCCCCCACGACUGUGAUACCAUCAACAGCAGCUCCAGAACCAACACCGACUACACCAACAACUACGUCCCAACAAACUACUACUCAGAGAACAACUCCUCAGCCGACCACCCAGCACAGCACCGCGGCUUCACAUACACGUCCACCUGUUGACACGUCUCCUACAGCGGCACCUCAAGCUGGACCUAAAAGUCGACUUAGCUGGACAGAGAGUCCUGCUGACCGACCAAAGGCCACCAAAAAGCCUGGAGUGUGUAAGGACACGGUGGCCAGCCUCUCUGAUCCGGUCCAGCACAACUCUUACGGCCUGAGUGACGGUGCCUGGAUGAGAGAUGCACGUGGCCACGGCAAUGUCAUCUACCUCACCAGUGGUCACUAUGGCAACAGCCUCCUCGAGUUUCGCGACAUUGAGGCCCUCAAAUCAGGUCAGGCGAGUAAUUCAUACAAGCUGCCCUACAGCUUCACUGGAACAGGCCAUGUGGUGUUUAAUGGGGCCCUCUACUACAACCGCGCGUUCAGCAGGGACGUCAUCCGAUACGACCUGAGGCACAGAUACGUCGCUGCCUGGACCACACUGCACGAUGCCUUACUGGAGGAGCAAGGUCACAGGACACAGACUGAAGUGGAACUGGCUGUGGACGAGUCGGGUCUGUGGAUACUCUAUCCUGCUCUGGACACAGAAGGAUUUCACCAGGAGGUCAUCCUGCUUGUCCACCUCCAUCCCCGUGAGCUUCAGCCGAUUCGGACCUUCCGCACAGGUCUUCGGCGCGGUCGCUAUGGAAACAGCUUCCUUGUUUGUGGUGUGCUCUAUGCUGUGGACAGCAUGGAGCGCCACUACGCUAACGUGACGUACGCCUUUGACACACACACGCUCACACACACCGUGCCGAGCCUAGCUUUUACGAACAUGCACGGGCACACCUCACAGCUGGCUUACUGCCCGCUGGACAAGAAACUGUACGCGUGGGACAAUGGGCACCAGAUGAUGUAUGACGUCAUCUUCGCCUAUUAGCGUAAGUCAAGGUGAAAUGGACAGAGAGCAAUGUAGCAUGUUCAGCAAAGCGGUCAAAACAAAGCUGAAGACAGAAGGAUUGAGGCAACAGGAGAACUGAUAUUUGAUCACUGGAUCAGUCUACAGUAUAUACUGCUCAACCGCUGCUCUGUCUCUCUAUCACACACACGCACUCACACACACAAUAAGAAAGCCAACUCUCACACACAGUGGAGGCGUCAACUGAAAAGAGCAGCGUCAAGCCUUACUGAACUGCAUUGUGGGUCCGUAGCUUUGCUUUGCUUGCACUGUGUGCGUCAGAGGUUGAAAUUCACUAUAUGGACAAAAGUAUUCGGAUGACUGACUAUGACAAUAACAGGGACUGUAAUGACUUAAUACAUAUAUAUAGUACUAUAACACAGAGUUGGUCCCGCUUUUGUAGCUAGAACAUUUUCUGAGGUUUUUCCUCAAGAUUCUAUAGUCCUUGUUUUGUGCACAGGGGGAACAGUCAUGUUGGAAUAGAAAAGAGCCUUCCUUCAACUGGAAGCACAGAUUGUCCAAAAUGUCUUGGUAUGCUGAAGUGUUAAGAUUGUCCUUCACUGGAGAUGCGGGGCCUGAUGGAAACACCUGAAUUCAAUACUUAACAGGUGUGGCUAAAUAUUUUUGUCCAUAUAGUGUAUAUUACCGUAAAUACUCCAGCACAGGUGCUAGCUAAUCAAAUGGCCUUCAGCUCAAACACAACACAUCCCAAAAAGAGCUCUUGGACAAUGUUGUUUUUUGUCGGAAAAAGUGCACCCCAGCAAUGGCGAACAUCGUGUCACAUCAAAAUCACGUUAGCGACAUUAGCAACUCUUGCUACGUAGUUAGCCAUGACACAGCUCUGCUAAACUCUGAUUGCUACCCACCACCACCACCAAGCAUUAAGUUCAGAUCAUCACCCCAGCUGAUGUCCACAGAGUUACAACAUGCUUUUAGUCCAAACAGUUAAAAAAACUAGCCAGUAGGGGGAGCUCCCCUAAGAACUACUACAUGUAAGAGGAGGACAACAGCUUAUUUGGGCAAGUGUCUCAGUUUUGUGGUGAUGCGUUCAAAUUUAACCACUAUAUUUUACUUCAGACGUUAUUAAAGAAAACUUAAGCAUAUAAAAAAAAAAUGACAAAAACAUUUAUAUAUAUUUUUUAAAAAAAGAUGUAGGUUUGUUUCCUCCUGCAGGUUCUGGAGCCCUUUUAGAUGCUCUUAUGUCGGGAUCAGACGACACGGCAUUUUUGUCUUUCACGAUGGUCACCAUGUCGUAUCUUGUUCUGGGGAACUAGCAACACUAAGCAAGUAUGACGCCCCCCCCGACCAAUCAUCGUUCAUGUGCGAGUUCAUAGGUCAUCAGGGAGGCGGGGCAAGGGCAGUCAAUUAUUAUCUCAGCGUUGCUGAAGUGCCUCCACUAUCUAGCCAACAUUUUUUUUUAACUUUGUCGUGAUAGUCCUUUGACAAGACUUUAAAGAGUCAGAGGCAUAUUUCAGGGUCACUAACAUACUUAUGUUUAUGUCUGUAUGUUAUGCUGCGUCAGAGCACUCUGCCAAUGUCCAGGAGCAGGUAUUCUAGCUAGUUUGAAGAAAAUUCUAACAUCUGGGUUUCGUGGAGCAGCCCAGACACCAAAUCUCUGUUCUUCAGUUAUGUUAAAUUACACAUCCCGACGUUCAUACUCAGGUCUGACACUGGAAAUGUGUCAUGACCAAAGUGCUUGAAAAUCGGCAUGAAUUUUGUGUCGUCUGAUCCCGGCAUAAUCUCCUAAGAAUAUAUAGGAGGCAUUUUUAAAUAUAUACUGAUUGUGAGGAAUGCAUUUGUAAAAUGAGGGACUCACAAUAUUAUGUGUACAUACAAAGACUGUAUAUACUGAAUAGUGAUGUUUUUAUAACGUAUGUCUGCUUAACGUGUUGCCUAUUUACUGUCAUACGCUGAGCAGAGAAGCCGUGUGCUGUUAGUGCUUCACCGGUUAAUGGAGUUCAGUCACAAAUUUCACGCCAACACAUUAAGAUGUUCCUCACAUCAGUUUUUUUUUUUUAACCCAAGACAAGGUUAAUUUCAACUGCGGCCUUUUUGGUUUGUUAAUUUAUAUUAAAAUGUUUCUAAAGAUGA